UCGAGGCCUCAACCGGGUUUUGCUCUUUCACCGAUGGCACAGCUCGCUGUGCACAGAUACUGAUUCUACAUCCCACACGCAUCCUGGACGUGGCCGACUGCCUCCAGUGCACACCCGAUCGACAGACUCCAGCCGCUCCCCGCAUGUCUGGUUCGUGUCCAUCAGUACGAACACACCAACGAGAGGGAGAGAGAGAGCAGAGAGAAUCGGCGCACCCAAAGUUGUGGACCAGACGCCCGUUGCGCUCGAGGCACACCUCGGCGCGUCCAGGGCGCGUGCCCUGCGCGAGCGGAUACCCCGAGUUCAUCUCCCCAUUGUGGAUCCCGUUCAGGUCGUGCGCCCCGCGCAUGAAGUGGUUGCAGCGCUCGCGGAGGUUGAUGAUCUCCUCGUGCUCGACCUCGUAGUACUCUUCCUUUUCGUCCUUGAGUAGUGGUUUCGUGAAGCCGCCGAGGAUCGCUGUAUUGUCGUUGCGAGGGACGAUGAAGAUGAAUCUGCACAGAUGUUGCGUGUCAGGGAUGCGCCACGUGGGCUCAUAAGCACAUACUUGGUCUCUUUGAACGGGUCGGACUCGGUGGCACUGACGACGAGCGCUUCUUGCAGCUGGUGGAACUUUUUCCAGUCAUUCUCAAGUCGGAUGACGGCCCCCUGGAGCCCAUACACCUCCUUGUCCCCGACAGAGUCCUUCGACCCCAGACCUGUCGCAUUGACCACGGCGUCGACAUUGUACUGCACGCAAAGAUCUUUGCCAUCCGCGAACGCCUUCCCGUCCUGCGACGGGUCAAGCUCCAUCGGCUUGCCAUCGACGAGCGGCAAGAACGAGAUGGGCUGGUCGAGAUGGAUGAUCUCGGCGCCCUUGAUGCGGACAAGCUUGAGCAUCGACAUCAGCGCGGAAUCGGUGUCGAUGACGGGCGAUGACAGCGUAUAUGCAUCGACAUACUCCAUCGGAACGUCGAACUCGCGUAGGAGCUCAUUGCGCCCCGUUUCGUCGGCGAGAGGAUGGUCGAAGCCGAUCACGCCCGAUACGCGGAUGUUUGCGCGCUUCUCGACCUGCGCGGGGUCGGAGAGCACGGGCGUCUUGAAGAAGAACACAGUGCGGCGCAUUUUGACCCCGAACUGCUUCGCAUUCACGGCGUCCUGCGACAGAUUGUGGAAGAAGUGGUAGCUGAUCAUCGAGCGGCGCGCGUCGUCCGAGUUGGCGCUCCCCCCGCCGUGGUGGCCGCACACCGCGGGCGGGUACUCCCACCUGUGGCGGGCGCGUGAAGAGGGUUUAGAGACGAAGGAUGGCGCGGACUCACAGAGCGCCCGAGAUAAGGGACGUGAUGCGCUUGCCGUCGUGUGAAGGAAAGUCAAGAGCUGCGAUCUUGACUUUGAAGCCGCGAUCGAGGAGCGCCCAAGCGGUGCUGAGGCCGAUCACGCCCGCACCGACGACGAGGAUGGUCUUCGCGUUGGCGGAGGGCCUGACCAGCGGUUGAGUCGCGGUGGACAAGAGUUCGUUUACGACGGGGCGUUCUGGAGGGAAAACUAUUAGAGCGGAUUCGUUAGAUCGAGAGGGGAAUGAAUAUUGUCACUCAGUUCUAUCCCGGCUUUUAUAUCAUUCAUUGACACCGCAGUGUCGACAAGGCCAAAGGCAAGGCGACACCGGAUUUCCGGUGGAGCAUGUCCGUGUCAGUGCCCAGUGCCUCCGUCGCUGGAUCGUUGGAAGCCCACGCUGGUCAUGAGCACCACCUGCCUCGAACGCACGACGCUUCCCAGUCCGAUGCCCGGUCCCCGCUACUGGAUGGUGGGGAGUCGAGAUCGAUCACGCUGGGGGUCGAAUUUCUUCGUUACCCGAGCACAUUGUCAGGGCCACCGGCAACGGGCAGAGGCUUGAAUUCCCCGAAGCAUUCUCAGGAACGGUUCCCUACUCCGAUCGCCAUCGAGGAGCUGCACCUUUCAAGGAGAUGCAGGCGAUUGUCGUUCGAGCGGGGCUCUCAUCAUCCACAUCCACUCAAGUCAAUUGGCGCCCGCACUGGGGUCAUGCUGUGGCAUAUAUCGAUCGCACAUGACUUUGACCUGGAGGAAGCUUUCGAGGUCGGUAUGGUCUAGAGCAGGGCCAGAUGCUGCAUCUCAUCAAGCACGGUGGACGCAGGCUUGAUCUGCGCUGCAUUGGUCCAAGAAGCUCACGACGAAAGACGCUGACUCCUUUGUGCAGCACCCGAUGUCCGGUGCUAUGACAUUCCCAGAUCGCUGCCGGCGGUCUGAAACGGUGGUUCAAGGGUCUCGGCCCUUUGGUUCAUGGUCUGGCUAAGUUAGCCUUCAAACUCAUUCCAAGAAGAGCCGUUGGUCUUCGAAGUAAGAUGGGCGUCACCCCAAUGCGGCACGUUUGUCAAAGCAUCAGCGUCGCCACCGACACCGCAAAAUAUCGGCGGGUGUAAAUUUCUUUGUUGAUAUUUCUGUGUUCCUCCAACUAGAGAGCCAAAUUUGAAGUUCAUACAGUUCGUAAACGUAAACAAGCUGUACGAGUCAUUUCAGCCACAGCAGGAAGGGUUGUACGAUGUCCAGGCCUCCACGUGGUUGCUCAAGGAGCCUCGGAACCCGAGAGUUCAUUUUUAUAUGCAGAAAUCAAUCGGGCUGCUCGGUUAGUAAAUCUGAUGUGUGAUUAAACAACUAGCUGUUCUGAAA